GGGACGGGGUCGGGGUCGGGCAGGAGGCAUAGAGUAGCAGCAGUAGGAAUCGAGCCAAGCUUUUGGGAUUCCGUCUUUUCGCUCGAGAGGAGAGGAGGGGAGGGGAGGGGAGGGGAGGGAGAAAGAAAAUUCUUGGGAGGAGGAGGAGGAGGAGGAGAGUGCGAAUCGAGGCCGAUGAGGGAUGAGGAGGAGAUGAGUUGGAAAGCAGCGAUUGGCCACGCGCAGCGCUCGUAGGCGAAAAGCGAAGGGCCAUAGCAUGUUUUGCUGCUGCUCCGUCCUCGCUUCUCGGUCGUGGAAGCAUGCAGCAGCAGCAGCAGCAGGCUGGCUCGCAAAUGACCAUGCGGUGACUGCGGCCCUCUGCCUUCGUAGCUAGACUGGACUCUCAGAGAGGCGGAGUUGCUAGAUUUUUCCCCCAGAGCUCGCGAUUUUUGUCGUAGCCCUUCCUACGAACGAGGUCGAGCCAGAGAUUGGCACCGGCCGAGGACAGUCAGUGUGUGAGCGAGUGAGCUCUGCGCGAGGCCGAGCCUGGAUGGUGCGAGGAGCAGCGGUGAUGAUUUGUGGGUGUUGUGUAGCGUAGCGUGUUGGGUGUCUGGAGCGAGCGAGCGAGCGUCGAAGGAAUGGAUGACGGAAGUGGCGGAAAUGCGCAUCGCCCCGUAGUCAGUCUCGUCUCCUAGAGCGCAUCGAUUCUCAGAUUGCUCGGCCCGUGCUCGGGAGCAUCGUAAGCAGCAGCGCGCAGAUGAGGAACGGGCUGCGGAGGGAUGUAUCGGUUUCGGUGUUCAUUCUCGGCGGUGGAUGAAAAUCUUUCGGUGUCUGCUCAUCAGAGGACGAGUCGCCGAUUGCUCGGAGGCAGGCCGAGCAGGUGCGUAGGAUUCAUGGGUCGGAGAAUGCCAGGAGGCUGGGUUCAGGAGCGACUUCUGUACUGGCGAGAGUUCGCUGCCCGAUAAGGCGCACCGAACUGGAGUGGCAGCCAUUGGAUUCGAUUGUCAAGAAGGCGUAAGGAAGUUGGACGCCCGGUCGAGCUUUUCCCCUCGCGCGACGAGUGAGGGCAGUGGUCACACUCGCUCUUCUUGCAGGUCGGGAAGUGCAAGCAUUCGCCAAGAUGCGGGCCGGGGUUGGCGCUGUCCAGCACACUUUAACCCCGGCCGCUGCCUCGGUCGUCAGGUCGGCAGUGUCCGAGGCAAAGAGUCGAGGCCAUAGUCAAGUGCAACCUCUGCACGUAGCAGCCAUUCUGCUUAUUCAAUCUAGUCCCGGCAGUCCCUUGAGGCGGGCAUGCCUCCAGUCGCACAACAAGGAUCUUUCUCAUCCUCUGCAAUGUCGAGCUCUGGAAUUGUGCUUCAAAAUCGCUCUGGACAGAUUGCCAUCGAACCAGGAGAAAUCGCCGAACCCGGUUCUCAGCAACGCCUUGGUUGCAGCUUUGAAAAGGGCGCAAGCUCAUCAAAGACGAGGGACGCCCGAACAGAGCCUGCAGCCCUUGCUGGCUGUGAAGGUGGAGAUGGAUCAACUAAUUAUCUCGAUUUUGGAUGAUCCCAGUGUGAGUCGUGUCAUGCGAGAGGCCGGGUUUUCCAGUACCGACGUGAAAAGUAAUAUGGAGGAAGCUGCCGCCCAGUCCUCGCCAUCUCUGACGUGCUCUUCUUCCUCGCUGGAUAGCUGUAGCCAGUUGAGGCGACGUGAGAGACUGCCGAUAACCCCUUUUUCUGGUUCUCCACUCGAAAGCGUCCAGUUUCGUCACUCCCUCUUCAACUCUUCUCCAUCUCUGAUGCUAGAAUCUUCCGAAAACAACCUAAGAAUGGUUGAGCGUGGCCUCGUUCCCAAUGUUGCGGAUUUCCAAUCCGAGAAGGAGUCUCCAUUGCUUGGUUCAUUUCAUCGACAAGAUGGUGAGGGACAUUCCUUUUCUAGUCUUUCGCCAUCUUUCCUCGAUAACUCUCCAAUUUUCAUGAAACGGAUGGAGCAAUCGCGAUCCCAUCCACAUGCGCACAAUGGACCUUUGAGUGGCGGUCCGGCGCGGUCCAAUGUUCACGAGGAGAACAUAAGGAAUGUUGUGGAGAUUCUGGCGAAGAAGGGGAAUCCUGUUUUGGUUACCGACGUCGGGGUGCAGAACAGCAGUGUGGUUGUACGAGAGUUCUCUCAAAGGUUGAAAAAUGGAGUAGUCCCUGAGUUUUUGAAAGGCGUUCAGUUUGUGAACCUGCCCUUCAACUCCAUUUCUGUGGGACUCUUUUCGCCGGAAGAGAUGGAACAGAAGCUCGCCCAGCUGCGACACACUUUGGAAGCGAGUAUGCCGGACGGUGCCAUUCUGUCCGUUGGCGACCUGCAAUGGCUGUCCGAUUCAGGAAAAGCACCCAUGACAUGUUCGCAAGCACGACUUGUGGUUCAGGAGCUCACUCGGUUCCUGGAUACAUAUUCCAGUCAGCGUUUCUGGCUCCUUGCCACCGCCUCUUCUCCAACUUUCAUGGGAUGUCAGGUCGGAAACCAUUCGUUGGAAACGCGACUAAAUCUUCAACCGAUCUUAAUUUCUGUCAACAGUAGUCUGGGUUUCCAAUCCAGGUAUGGCAGUUAUCAAAGCAAGCUCAACGGCCAGCGCAGCUCAGCAGAACUUUUGAGCUCUGUGAACCCACUCAUGAAAUCUCCUAGCGUGGACAACGGUUCAGAUGGCUUGGAUUGUUGUCCAGACUGCACCAGGAAGUAUCAAAACGACUUGUCUCGCCUGAUGAAAUCAGAACGUUCUUACAUGCCACCAUCAAGCACACCUCAACCACCGUGGAUGGUGAAGUCUAAAGAGAUGAAUUGGCCUCCUCUGUCUGCGGUCAAAGAGGAGGAAAAUAUGAUGACACAAAGCCCGUCGUUCUCACAGCGGCUUCAAGAUCUGAAGGACAAUUGGCGGCAAGUAUGUGCUAACCACUCGACCAAUCCUGGAGGGUGGUCUGCUAAUCACGUCGAUUCGGCUCGCAAUUUCCAGCCUUCCAGUCAAGCCGCAAAUGAGAGCAUCGUUACUCAGGAGAAGAGCUCUUCUUUGUUGUCCAACCUAAUGAAUAUUUCAAGUUGGCCAAGGCCGGAGCCUGUGAAGUUCCUAGUUGCUAAAUCAUCUGAACAGCCGUCUCCCGUGUCGUCAAAGGUCGGGGGUAUACCACCGUGGGCACUUAGUCAAAAUGCACUGAGCAGCAGCUACUCCAACCGUGCAACCGUUUCUGUCAGUAGCAACACGGAUGGUACUUCCAGCGGACUAUGUAGCUGGAUGAAGAAAGACGACUCAGGUGGUGUGAUCGACAACAGCAAACUCGGCCUCUCUCCUGCUCAAGGUCUGCAACGAGAUACUCGUGGCUCCAUGGGAUCAGAUUUGGCUUUGGGUCGUUCAAGUGUUGAAGUACCCUCACCGAGGAGAGAUCUUCGGGAAGAAGGUCAACAGCCACUCCUCGGUGGAUGGAAGCCAUCUAGCACUGGAAACUCUCGUAGUGAGCCCGUUCCUGAGGUGUCACUCCCUUGGCGUGUUCCUACUUCUUUAGGGAUGGGGUCAAUGAAGGAAGGUGAUCAAAAGCCACCUUCUUGUGGCCCAAUGUUCCGACCGAAUGACAUGGACAGUCUCAAGGGCUUAUGGAGGGGUCUGCAGGAACUGGUGCCGUGGCAAAAGGAAGCCACAACCGCAGUUGCUUCUUCUGUGACGGAUUGUCGUUCUGGCAACGGGAGGAAGAGAGGCUCAUCUCUGAAAUCAGAUACAUGGUUGCUCUUUUUAGGACCAGAUAGAGUUGGGAAACGAGAGAUUGCCAAAGCUCUUGCUAAAUUGGUUUUUGGUGACGAGAAGAAGCUAAUUUGGAUGCAGCUCGGUGGCAACCAUGUAGAUUCUGCAUCCUUUGGAUCCGGCACUGGCAUAUCAUCUUCCGACAACAAUGGAGUGAGGUACAGAGGGAAGACCCCUUUAGACAGGUUGGUGGAGGCCGUGCGCCUGAAGCCCUUCUCGGUGGUACUGUUGGAGGACGUGGAUCAAGCAGAUUCUGUUGUCAGGGGGAAUCUGCUGAGGGCCAUGGAAAGGGGCAAGCUUGCCUCGUCAAAUGGCAAAGAGGUUAGUUUUGCGAAUGUCAUCGUUAUUAUGACCUGUAGUGUGGGUGGGAGUCUUCUGUCAGCGAAGCAGGGUUACGAAAGGCAGGCAUCGCUUGCCUUCGAGGAAGAGAAGCUGUCUCGGCUAUUCUCAUACGGAAUGAAGUUUCAAAUAGAGGAUUUGAAGAGCGAAAAAGUUUUGCAAGAUAAUGGAAGAGGCGUGUCGGUUGUGAAUUACAGUGUGUCACUCGAGAAUGAAAGUGGGGAUCCUUCACUAGAACGCAGCUCCUCACCAUCGGUUUCUCGGAGUAAACGUAGGGCUCAUUGGGCGUUGCAAGGCGAUGCAAAUGAUUGUGCAUUAAUGGAAGGGAAACGACUGAAGAAAGAGGGCUCGGUGUCAAGCAAGGCCCUGGCUCUGGACUUAAAUCUUUCUGCCGAGGAGAACGAAACGGUGGACGACUUAUCAUGUACGACAGAUGUUAAUACUACCCCCGAGAGGCCUGAACCGGAGACUGAGCAGGCUCUUGCGAAGAAAGUGAUAGCUUGUGCCCGCGAGUCUCUGCCGAAAGAGAUGUUCGACUCGGUGGAUGCGUUUGUGAUGUUCAAGCCAUUUGAUUUUGACACCCUGACUAGCAAUAUUCUCGAGCAGUUUGAGAGCGCCUCCAGGAGCAUAUUGGCCACCGGAGCAACUGUGGAGAUCGAUGUUGCAGUUUUAGAACAGUUAGUUUCAGCUGCCUGGCAAACGAACUCAGACCAGAAAGUGUUCAACAGUUGGGUCAACGAAAUUCUGGUGAAGAGCGUGGGCUCAGUUCUCGAUAAGUGCGAAGUCGGCCCGAACUGUGUGGUGAAGCUGGUGAUCGAUCGGUGUCAAGCACUGGAAACUCAGGAGAAUGCUGCAGUUAGAGUGGGUUUGCUACCCGCAUCGAUAAAAUUGGGCUAGUGGCAACAAUUUAUGCUGCAUCCCUUCCUUCUGUGAUAAUAUCACUUAGAAACUUUUGGACGCUUGUAUUGUUUAGAAAAGCUGUGUACCUCCGACAGGGGUCAGGGUCUCCAACAUUUCUUCGACGGAGCUUCUCAUUUGGGCUCCAGUGUUAGCGCCUGUGUCGAUCCCUCCACCUUUUCGUUUGUGGACUUGCAGGACGCAUUGAAUGUAGAUUCGGCAAAAUAAGAACACGUGUAAUUAACUUAGUGCAGGUUUCAGAAUAUGAUUUACGAGUUGUAGUUAGGAAAUCUCUCAUACAUUAUUCAUUAUUGAAAUGUGAAGGUAUUCAAAUGUGCAGGGGUGAUUUAAAAUCUACCGAACCUUUUUUAGCUCACCCAUAUUUCAGUCCACUCUUCCGGGUUCUCAUAGGCAUACUGUUGCCUUUAAGAGUGUACAUUAGCUCCAAUUUUUGCAGUGAGCAAAUUCUUGGCCUUUUUAUUUCCUCUUGUACCUGUGUAUUUAAUUUCAAGCGUUCGUGGCUUUUUCCUGGCGU